AUGAUUGACGUAGCAAUUGUAACCGAAUCUUGUAACAGUAGCCGGUUUCAAGAUUUACCCGAUCACGAUUUCUACCGUAUCCAGUCUAGAUUUGAAGAAAGCUUACUCAUCCAUUGCCUAAGAAAUGUGGGAUUAACUGCAAUACGUGUUGCUUGGGAUAUUCCAUUCGAAUGGGAGACUGUACGCUGUGCUAUCAUUCGCUCUACAUGGAACUAUUCCGAUUAUUGGGAAAGUUUUAAAGAAUGGAUACAUCUAACAGAGAAAAAGACGAUUUUAAUUAAUUCAGCAGAUCUAUGCUUGUGGAAUAUAGACAAAAAUUACUUAUUUGAAUUCCAAGAAAAGAAAAUUCCUAUCGUGGAAACGAUAAAAUUAUGCAAUAAUGAUCUAAGAAAUAUUGAUAAUAUCUUUAAUAAACUCCAGACACAAACUAUAGUCGUUAAACCGGCUGUGUCAGCUGCUGCCAAAAAUACUUUCAAGAUAAAACGCGAUGAAAUCGAUGAAUACAAGAGUAUUCUCACAGAUUUGAUAUCACAGAAGGAAUUGCUUGCCCAGCCAUUUAUGGAAGCUUAUACUACAAAAGGCGAAAUGUCCUUUGUGGUCAUCGAUGGUAAACUAACUCAUAGUGUACUUAAAGUAGCUAAAAAAGGAGAAUUUAAGAUUCAAGACGACUAUGGAGGGUAUGUCUUUCCAUAUACUGCAUCGGAUCAGGAACGUCAUUUUGCCGAAAAUGUUGUAGAGAAAUGCAGGACUAAACCGGCUUACGCUCGAGUAGAUGCUAUAUACGACUCUCAAAAUCAAUUACUACUAUCAGAGUUCGAAAUACUAGAGCCUGAACUAUUCUUUCGAUUCGAUCGUCGCUGUGCUCAUAACCUCGCAACACUCAUUCAAAAUCUUCUAAAUCGUACUAAUAAGGCAUAG